CUUUGUCACUUUUUGUUCUUUGAUUCUUGCUUUUGUUUUUUUUUUUUUUUUUUUUUUGCCUUCUUCUUUAAUUCAUCAUAUACACAAAUUACUCUUGUUCUUUGCUUACCUAAAUUCAUGUCUGCUAUUCUCAACAAAGCACACAUAAUCUGUACUGAGCAUUUGCCUAACGUCCCUGCCUCCCUCAACAAGCACAACAAAAAAUGGCAAUUGACCUUUGUCACCAUCUACUGCUCAAGGGCUCUGUUUUCUCUCGUCAAGAAUCAUGUUUCCAAAGAGAAAGCAAUCAAGGUUUCGCCCGUUCCUUCUCAUGUCGUUCUCACAAUUCCCACCGAAAACAGUUGUUUCAAAAUUGACGAGACCACUCUCACCGAGAUUGUGAAGGAGAAAAAGCUUGGGAAGCUUCAGAUAAUUGGCGGGGUGAAUGGGGUGGCUUCUUCCCUUCAAACCAGCCUGGAUAGUGGAAUCAAAGGCGGUGCUGAGGACAUUGCUCACCGACAGGAGGCAUUUGGUUCUAACACCUACAAAAAACCUCCAUCUAAGAGUAUCUUCCAUUUUGUGGUGGAAGCUUUCAAGGAUCUCAUGAUUUUGAUCCUACUUGGCUGCGCCGCACUUUCUCUUGCUUUUGGCAUCAAGGAGCAUGGCUUGAAAGACGGUUGGUAUGAUGGUGGGAGUAUUUUCGUGGCUGUUUUUCUGGUCAUUAGCGUCUCUGCUAUCAGCAACUACAGACAGAACAAACAGUUCGACAAAUUGUCUAAAGUCAGCAACAACAUCCAAAUUGAUGUUCCAGCUGAUGGAUUGUUCUUGGUCGGACAUUCUCUGCAGAUUGACGAAUCCAGCAUGACAGGGGAGAGCGACCAUGUUGAGGUGAAUUCAAAGAAAAAUCCGUUCUUGAUUUCUGGUACCAAGGUGGUUGAUGGGUACGCCCAGAUGCUUGUCACUUCCGUUGGAAUGAACACGACUUGGGGCCAGAUGAUGAGCCACGUGACAGGCGAUAAAAACGAGCAGACGCCACUGCAAGUCCGGUUAAACAAGCUAACGUCGGCAAUAGGUAAGGUCGGUUUGGCAGUGGCUUUCUUGGUUCUUGUAGUGUUGUUGGUUCGUUACUUCACCGGACACACUACAGAUGAGAAUGGAAAUAUAGAGUUCAAUGGAAGCAUCACAAAAGCCGAUGAUAUAAUAAAUGCUGUGGUGGGGAUAGUUGCUUCUGCUGUUACCAUCGUCGUUGUUGCUAUCCCAGAAGGGCUGCCAUUGGCUGUUACACUGACUUUGGCUUAUUCAAUGAAGAAAAUGAUGGCGGAUCAGGCGAUGGUUCGGAAGCUUUCCGCCUGUGAAACUAUGGGGUCUGCCACCACAAUUUGCACUGAUAAAACAGGUGCUCUUACACUUAAUCAGAUGAAGGUGACAAAGUUUUGGCAGGGAAAGGAAGCCAUGGAUGGAGCUUCUUCUUCCAUUUCUCCAUUUGUUGUUAAAUUGAUUCAUCAAGGAGUUGCUCUGAACACAACCGGGAGUGUUUACAGAGGUUCUUCAGGGUCGGAAUUCGAAUUCUCUGGUAGUCCAACGGAAAAGGCAAUUCUUUCUUGGGCUGUUCUAGACAUGAAGAUGGAUCAGGAGGAAAGAAAGAGGAAUUUCACAAUUCUGUUUGUGGAAGCUUUCAAUUCUCAGAAGAAACGGAGCGGAGUUCUGAUCAAGAAGAAAGAAGAUAACACAGUUCACGUUCAUUGGAAAGGAGCAGCAGAAAUGAUUCUGGCUAUGUGCUCAAGCUACUAUGAUGCUUCAGGAGUUAUGAAAGAUCUUAAUGGAGAAGAAAGGAUGGAAUUCAAGAAAAUUAUUCAGGGAAUGGCGGCAAGCAGUCUCCGGUGCAUUGCUUUUGCUCACAAACAAGUUGCAGAAACAGAGGAAGAAAAUGUGAAAGAGAAGAAAAAGCUUGAAGAGGAAAACUUGACCUUGUUGGGACUAGUAGGUAUCAAGGAUCCAUGUCGGCCAGGGGUGAAGAAGGCAGUGGAGGCCUGCCAAUCGGCUGGCGUGAACAUUAAGAUGAUUACUGGCGACAAUGUCUUCACAGCAAGAGCUAUUGCCACUGAAUGUGGGAUUCUUCGGCCAGGUCAUGACAUGGAUAGUGGAGCCGUUGUGGAAGGCGAGGAAUUCCGGAACUAUACACCAGAAGAGAGGAUGGAGAAGGUGGAGAAGAUAUGCGUUAUGGCAAGAUCGUCUCCUUUUGACAAACUUCUAAUGGUGCAAUGCUUGAAACAGAAAGGGCAUGUAGUUGCUGUCACCGGGGAUGGUACCAAUGAUGCUCCAGCACUCAAAGAAGCUGACAUUGGAUUGUCAAUGGGGAUUCAAGGGACGGAAGUUGCAAAAGAGAGCUCCGAUAUUGUCAUCUUGGAUGACAAAUUCGCUUCCGUGGCCACUGUUCUGAAGUGGGGCAGAUGCGUUUACACCAACAUACAGAAAUUCAUUCAAUUCCAGUUGACAGUAAAUGUUGCUGCUCUGGUGAUCAACUUCGUGGCAGCCAUUUCUGCAGGAGAAGUUCCUUUAACGGCCGUUCAGCUUUUGUGGGUGAACUUGAUCAUGGACACAUUGGGUGCUCUGGCUCUGGCUACAGAGAAGCCCACCAUGGAGUUGAUGAAGAAGCCACCUGUUGGCCUCACAGAACCAUUGAUUACCAAUAUCAUGUGGAGGAACCUCUUAGCUCAAGCUUUUUACCAGGUUGCAGUACUCCUAAUCCUGCAAUUCAGAGGAGAGUCAAUCUUCAAUGUGACUGAAGCAGUGAAUGACACCUUGAUCUUCAACACUUUUGUGCUCUGCCAAGUUUUCAAUGAAUUCAACGCAAGGAAGCUGGAGAAGAAGAAUGUGUUCGAGGGUAUUCAUAAGAACAAGCUGUUUUUAGGGAUCGUUGGGAUGACCAUUGUUCUUCAAGUGCUGAUGGUGGAGUUUCUAAAGCGGUUUGCAGGUACGGAGAGGUUGAAUUGGGGACAAUGGGGCGCCUGCAUCGCCAUGGCUGUUGUCUCUUGGCCCAUUGGCUGGAUCGUCAAGUGCAUACCAGUGCCAGAGAGACCUAUUUUCAGCUAUCUCAAAUGGAAGAAGCACAUAUAUUGCUUCAAAAAUACAUUCAUUCUUUAAAUAUAUGCUUGCAUAUCCUAUGAUUUGUUUCCUGUAUAGGCUAUAAGUCAUUCAUUCUUUAAAUUUCUACCUAGAUAUUCUGUAAUUAGAUUUACAAUUUUCUCCAUUAAUUCUAUUUAUAAAUAGGAAACAAAUAAUAAAAUAACUUGAUUCUU